AUGAUUGAACCUGCCGACGCAGUAUACAGAGGAACUGAUUCUUUGCAACAACUCUUGGCUGAAACGCUAGGCAUAUUUGUUUUGAGAAAUGUUGAAGGAGGCGGCAAAGUCUCUUCUUUCUUUUAUAACAUAUUCGCAAAGCUCUGGAACGAUGGAAUACGUUCUGCGCUUUCAAAUGCAACAAUCACAUACCCACAUUAUGAGCUGUGGGCUACUGGCAUUUCAUUAGGUGGUUCGCUGGUAACAAUAGCAGUGCAUGUUGCUGUCGCUGAAAAAAUGUUUAAACCACAGAAAAUAAACCAAGAACUGGGGAUCAAGAAUUUGCUAAAAUACAUGAUCGAACAGCUAAGUUUUUUUCCCUAUUCCUAUCGAGUAACCCAUGCUCAAGACAUUGUUCCACAUCUCCCCCCAAAAAAUUUUUUGGGUUAUUAUCAGCACCGUUAUGAGGUGUGGUACAACAACGCAAUGAAAGAAAAAGAUCCAUACUCAAUAUGCUAUUCCGGCGAAGACUACCGCUGCAGCAAUAGCAGAUGGUUAAAUUAUGGAACCGAGGAUCACUUCACGUACUUCAACACUUUCGUUUUUAAGUUCAUUGAUGACGGCUGUGAAUAUACUUAG